GAUUAUUUCUCUUUAAACUUAUUAUUUUUCACAGAAAAUUGAAACUCUCAAAGAGACAACAAAUAGCAUGGUAGAAUCUAUUAAACACUGCAUUGUAUUGCUGCAGAUUGCUAAAGACCAGAGUAAUGCGGAGAAGCAUGCAGAUGGAAUUAUAAGUACUAUUAAUCCUGUAGAUGCAAUAUAUCAGCCUAGUCCCUUGGAACCUGUGAUCAGCACAAUGCCUUCCCAGACUGUCUUACCUCCAGAACCUGCUCAGUUGUGUAAGUCAGAGCAGCGUCCGUCUUCCCUGCCAGUUGGACCCGUAUUAGCUACUUUGGGACAUCAUCAGACUCCAACACCUAAUAGUACAGGCAGUGGCCAUUCACCACCGAGUAGCAGUCUCACUUCUCCAAGCCAUGUCAACUUAUCUCCAAAUACAGUCCCAGAGUUUUCUUACUCUAGCAGUGAAGAUGAGUUCUAUGAUGCUGAUGAGUUCCAUCAAAGUGGCUCAUCCCCAAAGCGCCUAAUAGAUUCUUCUGGAUCUGCCUCAGUUUUGACACACAGCAGCUCGGGAAAUAGUCUGAAGCGCCCAGAUACUACAGAAUCACUUAAUUCUUCUAUGUCCAAUGGAACAAGUGAUGCUGAUCUUUUUGAUUCGCAUGAUGACAGAGACGAUGAUGGGGAGGCCGGCUCUGUGGAGGAGCACAAGAGCGUCAUCAUGCACCUCCUGUCACAGGUUAGGCUUGGAAUGGAUCUUACUAAGGUAGUUCUUCCAACAUUUAUUCUUGAAAGAAGAUCUCUUUUAGAAAUGUAUGCGGACUUUUUUGCACAUCCGGACCUGUUUGUGAGCAUUAGUGACCAGAAGGAUCCCAGAGAUCGCAUGGUUCAGGUUGUGAAAUGGUACCUCUCAGCCUUUCAUGCAGGAAGGAAAGGAUCAGUUGCCAAAAAACCCUACAACCCCAUUUUGGGCGAGAUUUUUCAGUGUCAUUGGACAUUACCAAAUGAUACGGAAGAGAACACAGAGCUAGUUUCAGAAGGACCAGUUCCUGGGGUUUCCAAAAACAGCGUAACAUUCGUGGCUGAGCAGGUGUCCCAUCAUCCACCGAUUUCAGCCUUUUAUGCAGAGUGUUUUAACAAGAAGAUACAAUUCAAUGCUCAUAUCUGGACCAAAUCAAAAUUCCUUGGAAUGUCAAUUGGCGUGCACAACAUAGGGCAGGGCUGUGUCUCGUGUCUAGACUAUGAUGAACAUUAUAUUCUCACAUUCCCCAAUGGUUACGGAAGGUCUAUCCUCACAGUGCCCUGGGUGGAAUUAGGAGGAGAAUGCAGUAUUAACUGUUCCAAAACAGGCUACAGUGCCAAUAUCGUCUUCCACACUAAACCUUUCUAUGGGGGCAAGAAGCACAGAAUUACUGCUGAGAUUUUUUCUCCAAAUGACAAGAAGUCUUUUUGCUCCAUUGAAGGGGAAUGGAAUGGUGUAAUGUAUGCAAAAUAUGCAACAGGGGAAAAUAUAGUCUUUGUAGAUACCAAGAAGUUGCCUAUAAUCAAGAAGAAAGUGAGGAAGUUGGAAGAUCAGAAUGAGUAUGAAUCCCGCUGCCUUUGGAAGGAUGUCACUUUCAACUUAAAAAUCAAAGACAUUGAUGCAGCAACUGAAGCAAAGCACAGACUUGAAGAAAGACAAAGAGCAGAAGCCCGAGAAAGGAAGGAGAAGGAGAUUCAGUGGGAGACCAGGUUGUUUCAUGAAGAUGGAGAAUGUUGGGUUUAUGAUGAACCAUUACUAAAACGUCUUGGUGCUGCCAAGCAUUAGGCUGGGAAAUGUGAAGUUUACACCUGAUGACCAGGGCAGUAGGCAUAAUUCAGCAACAAACAAUCUUCCUUUGGGAGAACCUGUUGACUCCCUUCUUAUUACAGUGGUUCCUAUCUCAGGGAUACUGGACUUUCCGACGCAGAUGAGCAAUUAAAGUGGGAAAAGCUUCCCUUUUUCCUCUGUGGCAGUUAUGAUUUUGACUCCAAGUCCUGAGAAAAACUUCAGGUUUUGAAAACAAGAUGUCUGCUCCUUUUCCAAACCCCAGGCAUUGAAAAACAUUUAUAAAUCCAAGUCUCUAACUCUGCACUCUAGUACUGCUAUUAAGAUAUACAAGCUCUGUUUCUUAGUUCAUAUAAUUUUUGGUGUGUUAUACAUAUACACACACAUAUAAAAUAUACCUGAUACCAGAUUUUUCAUAAAUACGCCGCCUAUUGUAAAUAUUGGUUCCUCUAAGUUGUUUUAGAAAAUUAGCGCAAUGUAUUAAAAUCAAGUGUUAGGAAAUUUCAUGGUCUUACCUACAAUAACUUUUAUUUUGGAAGUGAAAUAUUAUUAAAUUGUAAUUAUACUCAGUGCUUCUUAAGGCUUCAUAAAGUAAUUUUUUUCAACCUUUUUUUAGUGUGUUUUAUUAUCCAUAUGGCUAAACUUGGAAGCCAGUUAUUUACAGGGAUAGCUUUUCAGAAGGGCUCUGAAGACAUUCACCCUCCUU